CCACCUCCAGAGGCUUCAGUUGCUGAUUGAAAGGCUUCCUCUUGGGAUGGGGUGUCUGUGUUACUUUGAAGAAGUUGGCAGCAACUCGGUUAAUAGUGAAGCGUUUCUCGGAAUGAUGGGAGUUGUAGUCAAGGAGCUUCAUGGGAGUUGUAGUCAGCUUCGCCUCCUUCCUCUCCAGCAUGGCUGCCUCCUGCAAGUGACCUCACGUGACAUAUUCAUCAUGGAACUAGACAGUGUCAGAAAACUGAACCAGAAACUCAGUAAAACAGAGAAGAAAAUGCGACAGAAACAGAUGAAGGCCAGAAGUACCUUACUGAGGCAUGAGGGCAUUGAGUGUGUCUCGUCGCCUACAAAGAGCCUGGUUAUUGCCAACGGAGGUCUGGGUAAUGGUGUAAGUAGAUGCCAACUGCUCAGUGUGGUAGAAGAAUGCGGCUCUGUGGAAGCUCUCUUAAUGCCGCCAAAGAAACCCUAUUCAUUUGUGAAAUAUGGGCUGAUUGAAGACUGCAAGCGAGCCUAUGGCACUCUCAAUGGGAAGGAGAUAAUGUUAGAGGACUCUAAUCAAGGCAUCAUUCUCUAUGUCAACUUUGUGGAAACAGUUCCUUGGGAGGUCACAGCACCUACGGCCUUGCCUCCAGGGCUGAGGGUAAUUGAAGAUCUGGUUUCUCCCGAAGAAGAAAGGCAACUUUUGGAAAGCAUUGAUUGGACAGAAGAUGAGAUCAUUACAAACGCUCAGAAGUCUUUGAAACAUAGGAGAGUCAAGCAUUUUGGAUAUGAGUUCCGGUAUGAUAACAACAAUGUGGAGAGAGACAGACCAUUGCCGGGAGGUCUCCCAGAUCUCUGUAACGUGCUUCUUGCAAAGUGCCUGCACUUGGGACACAUUAAGGAGAAACCUGAUCAACUAACCAUAAAUCAGUAUGAACCUGGACAAGGAAUCCCCCCUCAUAUAGAUACACAUUCCGCUUUUGAGGAUGAGAUAAUUUCUCUCAGUUUAGGAGCUGAGAUUGUGAUGGACUUUAAGCAUCCAGAUGGACAGCCAGUGGCGGUGAUGCUGCCUCAACGCAGUUUACUUGUGAUGAGUGGAGAGUCCAGGUACCUUUGGACACAUGGCAUCACGCCUAGGAAGUUUGAUAUUGUUAAAGCAUCUGAAGGAUGGAAGGGGGGAACUGUCUCUGCGGACAUUGGAGAUUUAACUUUAAACAAAAGAGGGAAAAGGACAUCUUUUACAUUCCGAAAAGUGAGGAGAAGUCCUUGCAAUUGUGCUUACCCUUCUGUGUGUGACAGUCAGCUUAAAGAUACAGCACCUUCAUUCCCUUUCAGUGACAGCGAAGCCUCAAAACUAGAGGAAAAGUACGUUCAUGAGGUUUAUGAGGAAAUUGCUGGGCAUUUCAGCAACACUAGACACAGUCCUUGGCCACAAGUAGUUGAAUUCCUUAAGGGCUUGCCGUGUGGAGCUGUGGUGGCUGAUGUUGGCUGCGGGAACGGAAAGUAUUUAGGAGUCGUCAAGGAUUUGUAUAUGCUUGGCUGUGAUCGUAGCAAUAACCUUGUGGACAUCUGUGGACAGAAGGGAUUUCAGGCAUUCGUGGGUGAUGCCCUCUCUGUGCCAAUACGAAGCAAUUCGUGUGAUGCCUGUAUCUCCAUUGCUGUGGUUCACCAUUUUGCAACAGCAGAGAGAAGGCUGGCUGCUCUUUGUGAGUUAGUCCGUUUGCUGAAGCUGGGUGGAAGGGCUCUCAUUUAUGUCUGGGCUAUGGAACAAGAAUACAACAAACAGAAGUCUAAUUACCUGAAAGAAAAAAGAGCUAGCCUGGGCAGGAUGGAGGAAACGAACAGCGAUGCAUAUGAGAGGGGUCACCAACGUUCAGUGCACCCCAAUAGUGGCACAGACCAGGAAAUCCACCCCAGGCUUCCUGUGCAUACCAACAGAACUUCCUUUGACUCCCAGGACUUGCUGGUCCCUUGGCAUCUGAAAGAUGGCGCAAAGAAAAAAGUAAAGUUGACCAAAUCUCAUCAGCCCCUGUCGAAUUUUGCAAACUUGUGUGAACCAAGUCCUGUCUUUCACCGUUAUUACCACGUCUUCUGCGAAGGAGAACUAGAAGAGGUCUGCAAAAGCCUGGAUUGCAUAAAGGUCAUAGAGAGUUACUAUGAUCAAGGAAACUGGUGUGUGGUUCUUGAAAAGCAGUAACACUAUCUGAGUCCCAGAGAGGCAGGUGGACUAUAAAUAAAUAAAUUUAAUUUAAAUACACUUACAGACAACUGAAAGUGAAAAGGGGACAUUUUCCACCUAAAUAUAUUUGUUUGCAGCGAUGUACCUAAAACUCAUAUUUUGAUGGUGUCCGUUUUUUAAUUCUGCUUUUAGAUUUCUAAAAAUAAUGUUGUCUUUAUGCUA